UUAAAGUUAUUGUGGCGGAAAGUUAUAUUACAAAGACUCGACCGAGAAAACGGCCAGUCAGGGUUGCGUCUCCGUGGUAAAAUGUUCUUAGUGGUACUAUUCGUGACGAGUGUCGCCGGUGACCCUGAACCCACGACGACCAAGACCUAUGACAUUGAAGUACCAGGAUCCGAACCCAUUCGGAUCGUCGAGGGGGAACCCUUGUGGAAAACGUCCAGGUUCGAGCACCGGUCAUUUAACACACGGGGAAAUACCGAAGACCCGCUCCAUCAAUUCCUCACGAGUUAUGCCGAAUCGGUCCGAAAUAAAAACAAACAAGAGAGCGGCGAGUCAGAGUUGGAAAACCCCGAGAAAUCGAAAAGUUGGGACUUGGUGAAAUACCAAAAUCACCACCACCCUUACGAUGACAAGAAAGGUUGGGUGAGUAUGGAACCGGUCCCUUGGUCGGUCUCAAAAAUCUCAAAAUGGCAAAGUAACUACCGGCCUUCCAACCCCAAACCGUGGGAUGACUACGACCAAGAGACACAGGUACGACCUUGGGACAAACCUAAUAAUUUCGACAUCUACAACCUGGACACCAGACCAGCUCCCACCUACCAGAAACCCACAGCUGUCUAUAGCCAAAAAGUCCAAGUCGACUAUGGCAACCGGUACCACCAGAAACACGACGAAAACUGCAAGCACACUCGCCCCUCCUACGACGACAUCAUCACAGACGGCCGACCUGCGAAUUUUCCCCAACCCUACGAAGCCAACCGCCGGAAAGGCACCGAGAUUCAGCACGACACCCACCCGUUCUCUGGCGAAGGCGAAUGGGUACUACUCUCCACCACCAAAGGCUACAAAUAUCCCCCAAACCGGCAAAGAGCGCUCCAAAUCAACUCUGACUCGAUCGGGGCCCACCGCAGUGUCCGCCUGACGGUACUCCCCCCUUUGAAAAACUCGAAAAUCAACAUGACUACCUCCCAUGGAGGCCUUCUUCAAGUCGAGUCCAGUUUUCAAACAGUUGAACAAGCGCACAAACAAUUCAAUAAGAAACAAAAACUGAAGAAAAAACCAAUUAAGGCGACAAAACCGGCUCCUGUACGAGUCGUACCAACCUUGACAACCACUCGACGAAACAGUGCGCCUGAUAGUUCGGCCGUUUUGGCCGCUGUGGGUGCGGGGAUGAUCCCCGCCACCAUGGCAAUGUUGGUACCCAUGGCGCUAGGGGGGCGGAGAAGGAGGGAUCUGACAAGUACUCCGUACCCGCAAGUGACACUCCCGCGUAGUUUAUAAUUUAUUUAUUUAUACAGUCUUAUUUUACAUGAAUAAAUAGUAAGUUUUGGU